UAUGUAAUAUUUUUGCUAAAUGGAAAUAUGUUCACCUAACUCUAACACACUGGACCUUUAAUUGUCUGCCUCCGGAUUCCAGUAGUGACAAGUGUCAGGAGAAAAUCCUGUUGCGCACGCACUUGUGCACUUACGGGAGCAAGCGGUUUGCAGUGGGAGGGAUCAGACGGCUGUCUUGACACACGCACACACACAGGGUACUAGUGCCGCUGAGCAGCCUCAACCUCCAGAAGCCGCCUCCCUGCCUCCCCCAACACUACCACCACCACCACCACCACUGUCAUUUUAUGCCCUCUUCGCUGACAAAAACUGGAAUAACUGCCUCAAUCCACAAGGUGUGAGACACUCAGCACUCGUCUGUUUCAUCCGUCAGUGACGACAGCGCCUCAGUUCAAGUGACUCGCCCCCUUCCCGGCAUCCCAGCAGGCAGGAAUGGCAGACGGACGGCAGCCAGACGAGCACUGGACCUCCAACGGCCAAGAAAACGGCGAGAACGGCUACUCAGGCUACAGGCAGAACGGUUACCACGGCGCCGCCGCCGCACAUCCUGGAACCACAGUGGAUGACUCAGCCAAUUUGCCUCCCUCCCCUCCCCCCUCUCCCUCCGCUGAGCAGAUUGGGCCUGUGGCACAAGCCCAGCUGGAGGAAUGUAUCAGUCAGGCAACUUGUGAGUCUGCUAUGAAAGAAGACGAGCAUCAAGUGGCGUCGCUACAUGAAAAGCAGGUGGUCGUUGAAAGAGAAACACCUGAAGGAACAGAACCUCUUCUUCCCUCUGUGAAAGAUCCCCUCUCCGAUGUCCCCUCAAAGGAAUCAGGUAGCAAUGAAAGAAAGGAUGUGGUAGAAGAAGCUGAAGAAGCACAAGAGUCUUCACCAGCAGAGGAACCCUCAAAAGAGGGAAUAGUGUCACCAGGCAAAUCAGGAUGCUCUAUGAUUGAAAGCCUGGACAAAACAGAGUUGAUUGAGGGAACUGAGGCAGACCAAGGCAUUAGAUUGCAUGAGAUGCCAGAGACUGAUGUUCAGAAAGUUGACCAAAGACAAGAAUUGGUGAAAUUGAGUCCAGACCCUGUUGCAGAGUUCAAAGCCACAGGAAUUUUACUUCCUGGAGCAACUACCUACUUUGAAACAUCGUCAAAAACUGAGGGAGAGGAGCCAGCAGCAAGUCAGAGCUAUUAUGAACUCAGUGCAUCAGCAGAGAUGGUGUUAAGUGGAGAGAGUGAAUCCCUUAUGCACAAGCAAGAGGAACAACAAGAAAAGAAAGUGAGGACAUCCACCUCUAAGAUGUCUUUAGAACAGAGAAGCCUCUCAUUGAACAUUAAUGUUGGAGAGAAAUUGACAAAAGAGAAAUCAAUGAUCUCCCCUAGCAGCUUGUGUCCAAUCAGUGGAAGUUUUGAUGAAUCUGAGAUUUACCCUUCAACACCACCUCUGGAGAUCCAUAAAUCCACAUUUCCUCCAGAUGUUUCCAUUAUCACAACUUCCUGUGAAUCACCUGAAGAUAACCCUGCUAAAACUGAAAUGCCUCAAACUUCUGACAAGCACAGUUCCCCCUUGGAGCAUUCCAACAGCCUCUCUGAGAUGUUGGAUUUGGCAGGAACUCUGCCUCAGCCACCACCAGGGAGAAGAGAGGUUGACUACCUGAGACGGAAGUCAGUACCUGCCAACAUGUCAGCUCUUGUGGGGAGUUCUUUGGCCAAGCUCACAUUAGAAGAUCAAACUGCAAGAGUGGUGGGUAGGGAAAGCCAGCUGGAGGAGCUGGGUUACUGUGUGUUCAGUGAGUACUCGGCACCCAUGCCCUCUCCUGCAGAUGUACCCAGUCCUGGGCACUCUCCAAACCAGCAUUUCACUUCUAUGGAGAGUGAAAUGGAGGAAAAUCUUGGGGUCCUAGAAGUGGAGGGUAUCUCCCAGGGCAUCCAACAAUCUGAUCUCAAAAGAAUGAUACCAGAGCAGUCUCAAAAAGCUCUAAGUGAGAAGAAAGAUGUACCAGUGAAGACUACCCUGAUGCUUGAAAAAGCUGUGACCAGUGGAGUAAAACCAGAUCGCCUAAGAAUUCCAAUGUCUUCUUCAAAGGAAAGACUGAAUGAAUUACGUUUGGAGAGUGGCUUACCGGGGGACAUUAAGAUUCAAGCAAUCCCUGAAGUUGAUGUUGAAAAAGACCCGUCCAGAGAGGCUUCUCCCAUUCCACCAGACAAUUCUUUCACUUUCAGUCCUGUGGAAACUGGAAGCAAGGGUCUCGAAACUCCCACCACCCCCAAGUCACCAGGUGAUAUAGUCUCAGAAAGCCAAGACACCAGAGAGGAACCCUGGACAGAGGUCAAAACAGAGAUUGACAUGAAGUCUCAGAGUGCUGACAAUAAACAGCAAGAUUUAGAAGAAAAAACGCCAACAGCUGAACAGAAACAGUCAGAAGAAAAUUGUAAAGCACCAGAGAUUGCACACAGAGAAAUAGAUUCAACAUCAUCACAGCCUUUGGGAGAGACCACAGAAGAGGAUGAUGACAAGAUUCAAAGUGAGCAUGGGAAAUCAACAGGGUUAGAAGUGCAAGAGACUUCAAAAUCUGGUCAGGAUUUGCACACUGAAGAGCACUUAGAUGAGAAAGAUGCCCAAAUCCAGGUACAGGAGAUCACGCUUGUAAAAGCCACAUCACCAAAACCACAAAUACCCUCCUCUGUCAUCAUUAUUCCUCAGGCACAAGUUGAGGAGGAAGCAGAGGAUGACGAUGAUAUUGAGAUUGCUGAAGAGCCUCAAGAGAUAAUGGAGGAAGCUGAAGAAUUUGUUCGCCCAAGUGCUUGUUCACCUGAAGUUGUAAAGGAAGAGCCAAAGAAAGAAGAAGUGAAGUUGAUGGCAGGUGACCAGGUGUUAGAAGAAAAUUCCAAGUCGAGAGCAGGAAAAUGUAGUCACUAUGACCAAAACCGUGAUGAUGGGGAGCCUGCAACACACAGUCCUCUCUUUUCUCCAUGCUCUGACAAUAACCUACUACAGACAACAGAGGGAGGUGGCAGAGAUGAUGGAACUGGGGAGAGUCAGAUUGACCCACAAAUAGAUAGUGAAGAGGGGAAGAAACACAAGGAUGAGGGGGUGAGGGAAGCUCAAACAGAAUCGGAAGUAGUUUCUGGUGAGAUAUGUGAAGAAAAAGAGCAGAAGUUGAUGGAAGAAAACGAUGAAGGCAAGAAGAAGAUGGGUGAAGAGGACAUUGGGGAGGAGGGGAAAGACCUUGAGAUUGUUCAAGAGACAGAAAAUACUGAUGGGCUCUGCACGACCAGUCAGACAACUCAUGAUGAAACCACCAUGGAUGUCUCCAUCCUAGAUACAGACAGUGGCUGGAUGGACUCACAAGAUGAUGACAAAAGUAUCAUGACUGAACAAAUCGAAGCCCUUCCUCAUGCCAAGAUUUCUACAAGUGCACCUGUGGUCGCGGUGGACAAACCCGCUAAACGGGCCCCUGGCAGAGGAAGGGGCCACUCCGGUUCCACUGACAUCAAAGUGUCCCGGAAAGUACCCAUCCACCACCCAAGAGAUGAGAUGAGGAAGAAAAAAGUCGGCAGUAGGAGGGCUGAUCAGAAUAAGGUGUCAGUCCUCCAAAGUCGCUCUCCGUCUCGAAAGAGCGUAGCCAAAGCGGCAGCCAGACAUCCUAGGCCUGCUCUGCUUCACGGCUCUGCUAGACGCAAGGCCACAGGCAUAGAAAGCCAUCAACCUCUUAGUGUGGCCCACCCGUCCAGGGAGAGACCCACUUCUCAGCAAAAAAAACCUAGCCCCACAAGGGCCGAACUGUUAAAGAUGGCAGUGCGGCAUCGGGGGUCCGGUCAGCAUCCCCCCCGGCCUGGCUCCGCCUGUAGCCUUAAACAGAGCCCACUGGUGGAGGCGGAGCUCAGUGAGGCCCGCCCCUCCUCUGCAUGCACCCGCAGGUCACCUCUGCCAAACAAAUGGGCAGGGAAGGAGAGAGCGUACCGCAGCCCGGAGAAGAGGUCGUCCCUCCCCAGGCCGGCCAAGUCUCUAACACGCCACAUUCCUGCCGCUGAGCAAGAUGACAGCACCCCCUCCAGGCCAACCUCUAUCCAGUCCAGAGCGGACAACAGAACCGGAAGAGCCUCUAGUAUGGCAGGUUCAGACCUGGCACGUUCUCGAUCAGCCCGCAGUGGCACCACCACCCCCAGCUCGGCUGUCACGCCGGGCACGCCCCCCAGUUACUCCUGCCGCUCCCCGGGCUCACGCACCCCGGGCAGCCACACGCCCAAAUCCUUCAGUGUCCUCCAGGAGAAGAAGAUCGCCGUGAUCCGCACCCCGCCCAAGUCGCCGUCCUCCGUCCAGCGGCAGCUGAAGGUUCUCAAUCAGCCUCUGCCCGACCUGAAGAAUGUCAAGUCUAAGAUCGGGUCAACCUCCAAUCUCAAACAUCAGCCCAAAGGUGGACAGGUCAUGAUUCCAAGUGUCAAACUGGACUUCAGCCACGUUCAGGCCAAAUGUGGCUCGCUGGACAAACUCCAGCACACAGCCGGAGGAGGAAACAUCCAAAUCCAGACUAAGAAGAUCGACUUGAGCCACAUCACCGCCAAAUGCGGCUCCAUGUCCAACAUCCGCCACCGGCCAGGCGGAGGACAAGUGCGUAUUGAGAACGUCAAACUGGACUUUAAAGAUAAGGCUCACGCCAAGGUCGGCUCCCUGGAUAAUGCUAGCCACAAUCCCGGCGGAGGAAAUAUUAUGAUUGAGAGCCACAAGCUGAGUUUCCGGGAAUCGGCCAAAGCCCGAGUGGACCACGGCGCCGAAAUCAUCGUCACUCACUCCCCCGGCAUAGAGACGGGCGGACUCUCCCCUCAGCGCUCCUCCGCUGGUAGCAUUAACAUCCUGGAGUCGCCACAGCUCUCCACGCUGGCCCAGGACGUCACCGCUGCUCUGGCCAAGCAAGGCUUAUGAGCCGACUGCCUCUUACUUCAAACACCUGAAAACAACAAAAAACAACAAAAAAAAAAACAACACCAUCAUUACUUCUACCCUCAGUCUCAUUCAGUGAUCAGCACCCGGUGUCGUUCUUGCUUCACCCACUGAGAUUUUAAAUCUUAACAUUCACUCCCUUCAAAGGAAACACAUCCCGGUCAUGUUGUUGUUGUUGUUAUUAUUAUUAUUGUUAGUUUUUCAUUCAUUUUUUUUAGUCAAAUGUGGACUUUUCUGUUUAGUUUUAGAUGGACUGAAUGCUAAAGUCUUUGUCCAAGAGAGCGGUCGAUUGGUUUUUCCUGAUUGUACAGUUUUGAUUUCGAGCUUCACCACAUUUUCCACGUGUGUGAGGACAGUUUGAGCUCGAGCAUGACGUCCAUCCACAAUUUAUACGGUACAAGAUACAGUGUAGCGACUUGAUGCUUAGACGAUAGGUCGUGUAAACAGUGGACGUCUUUCUGGUUUGCAGGAGUCCAAGCAGACAGGAACAGUUCGUUGAGUUGACACCAGGGGGCAAUACCACUGCGUGUCAAAAGAAAGGUCAUCAUUUGAAAAAUUGAAAAAUAAGACCUUGUAUACACACAUAUAUAUAUAUAUAUAUACAUAUAUAUGUAUAUAUAUAUAUAUAUAUAUAUAUAUAUAUGUAUGUAAUCAGUAUUUUAAAAUGUUUGAAAAUGACAAACUAAAACACUUAUUCAAAAUAAAUAGGAUUUGAAUCUGGAAAAAUACAAUCUGAAAUAUUAUUUCAAAAUAAAAGUCUAAAUCGUGUGCAAAUUACUGAAUUAUUCAAAACAUAUGAGGAUUAAAAAACUUAAUCCAAAGCUGAAAUAUUAUGUGUAAUUGUGUGUGUGUGGGAGAGAGGGAGAGAGAGGCUUAACUUCCUGAAACAUUUCAAAAUAAUGGUCGAGCAGCAUGUUUGAGAUGUAACAUUUUAAAAUUGCUUUUUUUUUUUCCUGAUAUUAUAUGCUAACAAAAAACUGUCUUCUUCUCUCUUGUUAUGUUUUCUUUUUUAUAUAAACUGUGCGUCACUGUAGUGGAAGUCCUUGCUGUUUUCUAUAUGUUCCCUGUGGCCGCUCUGGCUUAUUAGCACUUAAACAUAGUGGAUAACCAUUGCAGCUUUGUCGAGUUGAGUGCUAACAAAAAAAAAAAUAAAUAAAGGCUAGCUUUCUGUUAAGAUCUUUCUCCUCUCUGCAAAAAAAGAAAAAAAAAAGUGGCUGCUGUUUUAUUUUGUUUGUUUUUAGCUUUGUGGUUUUAUAUAAUGCUGCAACGCUGCUGUUAUGCUGGCAUGGCAAAUGGAAUAAUGAGUAAAUUAGAGCUACUUGGAGGAACACUUUAACUUUUCAGUGCGAGUGUAAAUGGCCAGUUUCACGUGAGAAGCUUUAUAUGAAAACUUUUGUUUUGAAAGGGCAGCUUCCUGGCUGUUUUUUUCUCUCUCUUUUGUGUGUGUGUGUGUGUGUGUGACUUUACAGGAAAUGAAACCAGAAACGACGGAAGAUCCUCAACCUGCAGCCGUUCAUUCAAGAAAAAAAAAAUAGAGUGAUUUUAAAAAAAGAAAAAAAAGUAGCAGCAUAUUCUCUGCUCAUUAUUGUGAAAGUCCUCUACUUCCUCUUCCCCUGCAGUGUUUUUCCCGUUACUCUUAUCCCCCCACACCCACUAUCCCCCGUCCUCUGCCUGUGUAAAUUGUAUUUAAAAGACCAUGUAGACGUGUGCACACUUUCCAAUGUUUGAUGACAAAUGCUCCUACAGGAUGACAACAAGAGAAAAUAAAGAAAAUAAAAAGUG